CAGCCACCUAAACUACUGGUGUGCAUAGUCUUAGGAAGGCCUUGCCAAAGUUUUCCAUAAGUAUGAACCUGUUCAAUGGAAGUAACUACAGCCAACCUAUGGAGUUGGAGAACCUUCCCAGAGACGAAAAUCUGGCUAAGGCAGAGAUCGCGCUUCUUAGUGUGAUAUUCUUCAGCGCAGCCAUCCUCAACACCGGGGUUCUGCUGAUCCUCUGGAGAAGACGCAAACAAGUGUCCAGGAUGCGCGUCUUCGUGUUUCACCUCUGCUUGGCAGACCUGGUGGUUGCAUUCUUCCAGGUGUGCCCACAGCUCAUGUGGGACAUAACCGACCGGUUCAUCGGGCCGGACCUUGUUUGCCGCUUAGUGAAAUAUCUGCAGGUGGUGGGCAUGUUUGCCUCUACCUACAUGAUCGUGGCAAUGACCAUCGACCGAUAUCAGGCAAUCUGCAACCCAAUGGUCACAUUCCAGAGGAGGCGUGCGCGUUGGAACAUCCAUGUGUGCGUCGCCUGGACGAUCUCUCUUCUGGGAAGUCUGCCGCAGAUAUUUAUCUUCUCGCGCGUCCAGUUGGCGCCGGGUGUCUAUGACUGCUGGGCAGAUUUCAUUCAACCGUGGGGUCUAAAGACGUACAUCACGUGGACUACCCUUGUAAUUUUUGUCCUUCCCAUAUUCACCGUGGUGGUGUGUCAGGUGCGAAUCUGCCGAGCCAUCCAGAUCAACCUGUAUUUAAAGACGCACCAGGACAACGCAGGGAUAGCCUUCCCUCUACCUUCAAGAGCCAGCAGCGUGGCCGGUGUGUCCAAAGCUAGGAUCAAGACUGUGAAAAUGACGGUGGUUAUUGUGCUUGCCUACAUCAUUUGUUGGGCUCCGUUCUUCACUGUCCAGCUUUGGUCCGUUUGGGACACUGAUGCACCAACAGAAACAGCGACCUUCACCAUCCUGAUGCUUUUGGCCAGUCUAAACAGCUGCGCGAAUCCUUGCAUCUACCUGUUCUUCAGCGGUCAGCUACCUAAGAAACUGGUGACAGCUCUUUGCCAGAGGCACUCCGACAGUAAUGACUCCAUGCACGAUGAGACUACAGCUGUGAGCUCGCUUUACAUGAGCUUUAAAAGCCUCUCCGACUCAAAAUAAUUCACGUAGUAAAUGAUCGAUAAUGGGACAGCAUGGAAAAUCAGGACAAAGGUCCAUUCAGCCACUGUGUCGAAGCAGUGCAGAUGACCGACCUUUUCCUUUCUAAUCUGACCCCUUGAUAUCAUGGUCAAGGUAUGCCAAGUGAACCAUCGAGCUGCGUAAGCACUCGCCACUGAAACCAGAAAUAGUUUGGAUGAGCCCGAAAAAAGGAGGGAGCUAAACAGAAAUACGCUGUAAAACCUGGUGUUGCCGAAGCCGCAGCUGAUGGAUAAAAUAAAGCCUUAGGAUCGCGGCGAUCGUGAAGCAGAGACAACAGACAAUUGUGUUGUUGUCGAAACUUCAGUUUAGUUGUGAAUAUUAUAUUAUUUAAAAAGACUAUGAUACCAUCAUUGAAAGUCUUCUGUUAUGCCAAAUAUCAAAUUUAUUUUGUGUAUAUCCCACAUAGGCCUACACACAAAAUAACAAGCUACAGUGUAUUGGCACAGCUGAAUCAGGAAUCUCAGGCUAUAGGCAUAGGCCUAUAAGUAAAAAAAAAAAAAAAGACUAAAAAAAAUGUCUAUUUUACGACCAGGAUUCAUAGGCUUUAUCUUCGUGAGAAUGUAGGAAAAUUCCAGAAACUCUUAAACAAUUUACUUCCUGUUUGAUAAGUCUGUUGUGCAAUCCUAACAUUUGUUUUUCAACACCAAUCCCUGUUUAGUAAGACCAAGAGACCAAACACAAUGCCAAUAUGCACACAGACGUUGACUCACAGUUUGUAACGCAUAUUAAAUUCCUUAAUUCAUUUCACAGCCUACAAUCAUUCAACUGUGAAACACAUUAACUACAUCUCAUUCAGAUGCUGAAUAGAAAAGCUAGAGAAAUAAAAGUUCAUGAGAAGUGGAACUGUUUCGUGCAAUGUUUUGUCUGCAUUAAUGUCGUCUUAAAGUGUCUGUGUAUUUAUGUGUUACAUUGUGUAAAUCUAGGUGCAUAUUAUACUGUAAAGUUUAAUCUUACUCUCUGUAUUGUAUUUUAUAAAGAAAGACAACUCUCUGAAUGAAUAAUAAAGUGUUACAUUCCUGAAGAAGU